AAAAAAAAAAUUGUCCAAUGCCUCGGUCUGCCCCCGUUUGCAGCCUUCUCGUUAAGCUUUGGCGGGGCUUAACAUCGCGCGGUAGCGAUCUGUGGCUCUGUAAUACUUAGAUGACAGUUGAGGUAUCCAUACCUUCCUCUGGAAAUGCACCCCCCACUGACUUUACACAGGCAUCCUAUGUGCGCUGAGAUUAUCGAAGAAUUCCAGAAGUGCCAUUUAGACCACCCUGUCAAGAAGUUCUUCGGAGAGUGCACAGACCUUAAAAUCAAACUAGAUCGCUGCUUCCGACAAGAGAAAGCCUUGAAGAGAAAGGCAAACUUUGAAGAAAGCAAGAAAUUUAAAGAACAGCUGCAGGCCUACAAAAGAGAAAUUGCAGAGAAAAACCAGGAAUAAGAACUUGGAACAAAGGUCAAGGAACUAAAGGUGGAUGCUCUUUAUCUGUGGCAGGAUGUCCUCAAUUGCGUCAAGUGUGCUUGAACUGUAUUGCUUCUAGAAAAACUUCCGCAUGAUGAGUGGCAGCUAAAACCAGCAGCUAGAGGUUUACGUUCUUCAUUGAUUCUAAGAUGUGCUGCUUUUUCCCUGUUCAUCCAUGCUUAUGUAAUAACAAUGAAGCUUUGUAUCAUACAUAGACAUAUCACUUUAUUGCUUAAUUCAAGCAGUUUUAUUAAGAAUUUAAUCUGCCCUAUACUUUCACUAUUUAUGCUAUAUAUUUGGUUUGCCUAUCUUUUGAAAUUUGUACAUUUUUUCUUGAACGGAAAUUUGUACAUUCAAAUUGGCUAGUUAUUUGCUUGAUCUGAUUAAUGUGUUUGCUGUUUGAUUUAAACAUAUCACAGCCAGCUAUAUUUGGUCACACAGACAAAUCAAACCAACCUUCCAGUUAUAAUAGAAUUCAGUUUUAUUUUCGUAACAAUUUACACUGUGUGAGAAUCAUCAUUAUGAAAUUGGGAUAGAAGAUCUUAUUGAUCUCAUUAAGAUUUUUAACAGCAUGUGGUUGUGGGGGCUAUUCAUCACCAAAAAUUUGUAAAUGUCCUAGGACUUCCAAUUUUAAAGCCUUUGAAGCUUUGGAUACCAGCAUGGAUAUUCACCUGCUGUUAAUACUGUUGACAUUGUUGAGUUAGGUGGGUAUAGUCGUAUAGAGAGCAAUGUCUCGGUUGCUUCUAAUCCUUACUGCCAUCUGGCUUGAAGACUGAACUUUAUCACAGGGAUAGGAGACUUGGCACUCAUCUGCAAUAGUGUUCGGAUCUAUUUUUCUACUACAGCAUCAAGCCACCCACUGAUGAGCUUGGGGGUCAUGCCUUGGCCAACGCUUUGUUCAGGCAUCUCAUAGGAGGAUUUUUUCCCCAACCCUUUCAGAAUUUCCAAUGUUCAUAAUUCAGGUUACUUUAUGUGGUUAUGCCUCUCAUUAACCUUCAUUUUGGAAUCCAAAAAUGAGGUUUUGCUAAUCCUGAGUACUGCUAAACUGCAUACGCAAGAGUUUGACCUUGAUUCUAUAAAUUCCAUGACAUCAUUUAUGUUACUUGGUGUUUAUUGUCUCAUAACUACUAAAUUGGAAUCUUACCGAUUUUUUUUUUUGACACUCAUGGGCCAAUCUAUGCCGAGAAUAAUUUUCUUUCACCAUAUAUUGGUCUCACGCUCGUACAUGUUUUAGGCAAGGUACUGCUCUAGCAUGUGUUCGACUUCAUUGGAGGAGCUCUCUGUCAAGCUAUAGUUCCAUAGUUUUAUAUUUGCAUUUAUACGGAAUGGUGGUUAGUUCUUGGUUACCCCAUGACACAAGGUUGUGAUACAUUUAGCUCCAAAUACUGAUUGUUUCCUUCUGUCUCAUUCCGAUUAGGAACCUGAUGAUAUAUUAGCUGAAGGAGCCAUGGAUUCAGCUCAAGCUUGAGAAUAGUUCUCUGGUGGGGAAGACAUGAUCAAUUGCGCAGCUUGAAGCAGUGGUAUCCUACAUCUGGCGAUGAAACAACUAAGGUCUUUCGACACAGAAGUGCUCUUUUGGCAAAUCAGGAGCAUCAGCAAGAGGUCACCACUCACCACCAUUUAGUCAUGGAUUCACCAGGAAUGCAAUCACUGUAGCACCUGCUAAUAACAAGAGAUCACUGGUGAAUUGGCUGGAAAUGCGCAGUGGUUAGCAUCCCAGUGUCAGUCCUUGAGGUGGGCAAUAGGGAGGCAAAGCCUCUCUCACUAUUCAUGUGGUAUCUGCCUCUGCCUGGGAAGGAGCACGUUCCACAGGUGUGGAUUUUUUCGAGCAGGAUGUUGUUCGCAAGUUAAUGUCGAUUUGCUAGGAUGUUCAUAAUCUAAGAGCAAGAGAUACUGCUCCUGGGGCCGCCGAUAGAAGCAUUGGUAGCUCGUAUGCUGUUCUUGCCACCGUUAAUAUUUGCUACGAUAAUAUAGCAUUCCCAAGGCUUAUUGUUUGUUUACACGGUGAUGCAAUGUCAGUCUGGGUCUUUUCUUUUUCUUAA